GUCUGAGGUUUUAAAUAUAAUGCCUGCUAUUAAUUGUUAUGUGCUUUUAUGAAGAGGGGUUGGAAGAACAUUCUUCCACUCAUAUUAUUUUAUAUUUACCAGAAUCUUAUAGUUUUUGGUAUUUGAAAAUACCUACGCCACACAUACAACAAGCACACCACUUUUCCCCAUAAAAACUAGACUUCUCUUGGUCAAAAGAAAUAUUUGUCAGAGUCCCCCAGGAAACAAAGAACCGGAGUGAAUGUUUGCUUACUCUCUUUGACAAGAAAAACUAUUUCAUAGUUGUUAAAUAAGUAGGUUUGAGAUCAAAACAGUAUUAUGCAUUUAUUUGCCUUGUUGGAAGUAUAAUGUAUGCCUAGUUCUUAGAUGACACACACUUCUAAGGGAGGAUGUUACCCAGGUUUUAUCACUCACCACUCUUGUGGAUGGGGAAAUUCAUUUCUAACCCCACAUAUGGUGACAGACCCAUAAUACGUAUGAUCAAAACUCAUCAGCUGUAUUUUCCCAAUGGAAGCCUGAGACAGUUCAGGAGUUUGAGAUGAUUGGGAAGCUUUAGAACAUGCUAAAUUAAAACAUUACAGUCAUUAUACGACAACUGCAUUAAUCAAAUCUUAUUGAGAAGUAUGCAAACCUUUGGAGUUAAUUAUGUGCUUUCACACCUUGAGUAUAAAAUCCAGGGCUAGUUCAUGUGAACAACUACAUCACUUGUUAACUGUGUGAACACAGUUUGAUCACUUGGCAGCUGAACUGAUAUGCUGGAUUUGUUUCAGAACAUUCAGCCAUUUUAUUUGUGGUGUGACAUCUGUGUUCACACUAGAUGCUGCAGUCAUCAAAUGAUAAAUAUUCACAUGUGGAACGGGACCUACUGUCAUCUGUUUGUAAACCAAUUUCAUUGCAGUCUUUGAUUCUCCAUAAUAUUAAAUAUUUAGUUAUAGGAAUUUGGCUUUAUGUGACAGAGUAUAUUAUUUUUAACCAGCAGUCUAUGCAUAGUGAUUUCAGCUUAUGUUUUUACCAUUUUAGGAGAAAGCAAAGAAUGAGAACUAUCUAGAAAAAGUAUCUCAAGUAUGAACAGAAUAUGUUUCACAUAAGUAGACAUAUUAAUAAUAAGUGUAUUGUGGCAAUGCUUAGGUAUGGCAGCUUUGAGAGGUUCUAUAUUUGAAGCCUGUGGUGCAAUGGACAGAAUGUUGAACUAUGGAAUCUUGAGUUCAAAUAAUUACUCAUCCAAAAAGAAGCUCACUGGGCAGCGUUGGUCACAUCUCUCUCAGCCUGGCCUUUCUCCAGGGUUGUUGAGAAGAUAAAAUGGAAUGAUCCCACACUCACAUUCCUCUAAGCUGCCCUGAACUUCUUGGAGGAAAAGUGGGAUAAACAGGUGACCAAUAAUAAUCUCUACUCCCCCACAUUUGGAAUUCUAUAGCUGAGUGGUGGAAUUCUAUAGUUUGUUGUACUCAGAAGGUCCCAGAUUCAAUUCUUACCCUCUCCAGUUAAAGGAUCUCCAGGAACAUAACUGCGAACGAUCUCUCCGUGAGACCGAGAAGAGCCACUUGAUGGAAAAUGUGGUCUUCUUUGGUGUCUCAUCUUAGAACUGUACAGCAGCAUAGUUUUUAGGAUCUCUGGAUUGCUCAUGAUCCUCCAUAAUGCUAAGGUGGCAAAGCCAGGGGAACAUGCAGCCUGUAUGUAUGAUAUGCAGACAAUGUCAUUGAUGCAAGUAUUUGGUAAAGUCACAAAGUAAGAGAAGUUCAUACAUGGGUGGUUGGGUUUAUUGGCUGCUUGUCCCACUAGCAUUAGAACCCGCCUUGCCCUCAAUGCCCAUCUGAGACAGUCCUGUGCAAAAGGAUACUAUGCCAACGCCAAAAGCAGGCACCCCCCAUUUGCUCCUUUAAAAAAUCUGUAACAUCUAAUGAAUCUUGUUGCAAUUUUCCUCACUUCAUUGGUUGCCACAUGCAUGGGUGGUGAAGCUUUGAAAGCAAUGGCAUCAUGUUACACCUUUUGUUUUACUUUGAGUUCUUUUGGUGAGAGGGGGAGACACAGAACUGCUGCUUUUGAUGCCGGCCACACAUCCUUUGAAAGAACAUCUAGUUCCAGCUUUAACGCUAUUCAUUUUUCCCAAAAAGGUUGCACAGAGAGAUCUCUGGUCAGGCAGAAGUGUCCAAUAAAGUAUGAGCUUCUGAUUGAGAAAAUGUAAAUACUUCUGCAAAUGGAAUUGUAAAAAUACUGCAUCUCUGGAAAUUUCUGAUAUGACAAUUUCAGGAGCUAGAAUUUGUGGCAUUUUUGUUGGCAAUAAUGAAGGUAUUGCCUGACCAUGGAGUUUGAAAGUUCUCUUCAUAGUCACAGCAGCAGUUCCAAUACAUUAAAAGUCACUGGCCAGCAUGAAAGAAUCUAAAAACUGAGUCUAAAAAGCAAUGAAGUAUUUAUUCCAAAAGAACCAAAGGAGGGCAUUCUCAAAUAUCUGACUCUUUCAGUUGUCCUUUUUACUGGAACACAAAUAUAUGAUCAUACUGGUAGUAUUUCUGCUUUUUAUUUUCAUAACAAAACAACAUUUGCAAUUCUCUCUCUGAGCCUCAGAGUGUCACUGUUGGCCAGUGUGGUGCCAGAAAAAAGGAUGGAGAUCUAGUUAUGCUUCUCCUACAAAGUGAGUGUUUCAUCAGUUCUGUACAGACUGGGCAAAGAGAAAAACACAAAGCCGUUGCAGUCUGGCUGAAAAAAAGGAAAAGGCUCCAAAUCCUCACAAUCUAAGAAGGAAGGCAGUUUAUAUUUACUUACAGAGAUUUCCUCUGUGCUAUUGAGAAACUGAUCUGGUCACUACAAGCUGCAGAAAAGGAGGCAGAAAAUUUCUCAGUGAUCUGGAUGGACAAAAGGCAGGAAGAGGAUGGCAGAAAACUCAGAAGGCAAGUACUGCUUCUCUUAUUUUUGCCUUUCUCCUGCUGGGCUGCCUCAGAGCAGAUUCGCUAUUCUAUCCCUGAGGAGAUGGCAAAGGGUUCGAUUGUGGGAAAUCUCGCCAAAGAUUUGGGACUGAAUGCCAGAGAUCUAGGAAGGCGCAAUCUGCAUGCUGCCUCUGUGAACAAAAUGCAGUAUUUCAGUAUAAGUGCAGACAAUGGAAACCUUUAUGUGAAUGACAGAAUUGAUAGGGAGGAAAUAUGUGGCACAACUCCACUCUGCCUUAUUAAUUUUGAAGUGGUGAUGGAAAAUCCUUUAAAUGUUUUCCAUAUAACAAUAGUUAUACAGGAUAUUAAUGAUAAUGCACCACAGUUCCUCAGUGAUAUAACCAACUUAGAGAUUGUAGAAUCAACUGUUCUAGGAACCAGAUUUCUCCUUGGGAAAGCAGAAGAUCCUGAUAUUGGGUUGAACUCUCUCCAGAAUUACCAGCUGAGCUCCAACCAGUACUUCACCUUGGAAGUAAGGGAGAGAAAAGAUGGAAAUAAAUAUGCCGAAUUAGUGCUAAGUAAAGUUAUGGAUCGAGAAAGUGAACAGACUAUUCACUUGAUGCUUACAGCCUUGGAUGGCGGCGAACCAAGAAAAACUGGGACUGUCCAGAUACGGAUUAAUGUCACAGAUGCCAAUGACAACCCACCUGUUUUCACUCAGGAGGUGUACAAAGUCAAUUUACCUGAAAAUGUUCCUGUUGGGUCACUUGUGCUCCAGGUUGUAGCCUCAGAUAAGGACGAAAGCUCUUAUGCUCAGAUAAGGUAUCAAUUCAGCAACAUAGCAGCAAACACCCACAAGAAAUUCAGUUUGGAUCCAAUUAAUGGCAUAGUCACUCUUACGGGACUGCUCAACUUUGAGGAAACUAAAGAAUAUACCAUGGCAGUAGAAGCCAAAGAUGGUGGUGGAUUGGUGGCACAAUCCAACAUUGAAAUAACUGUACUUGAUGAGAAUGAUAAUGCCCCAGAGGUGACGUUAGCCUCCAUGUUCAGUCCUGUUCCUGAAGAUUCUCUGCCAGGGACAGUUAUUGCACUGAUCAAUGUAAAUGACAGAGAUAGUGGAGAUAAUGGGAAGGUUACUUGCUAUUUACAGGAUGAUUUACCCUUCAAAAUUCUUCCCUCAUCUAACAAUUACUUCAAGCUCCAGACCGACAGUCUCCUGGACAGAGAAAUAGCUCCUGCAUAUAAUAUUACAAUCACAGCCACUGAUAGAGGAACUCCACCUCUUUCCACACACAAAACAAUCUCACUACAGAUUUCUGAUAUUAAUGAUAAUGUGCCCUACAUUUCAGAGAUCAACCUACAGCAUCUAUGUGCCAGAAAACAAUCCUUCAGGUGCCUCCAUUUUCACCAUCAAAGCCUCUGAUCCCGAUAUGGACCAGAACUCACGGAUCACAUACUCCAUCCUCAGCAGCAACAUUGAGGAGCUUCCCAUCUCCUCCUAUAUCUCCAUUAAUUCAGAGACCGGCACCAUC